AUGCGAGGCGAGCGUGUAACCGCCACUCCACCAACGCACGCGGACGUGUUCACACUUGAGCGAUGUGAUUGGUGUGCCCGACUCAUCGAACGACGACCCAGUAACUGUCCUGCAAGUAUAAUUAGUGACAAAACGUCUGAUGAAAUGGUGGCGUCCACAAAAGAGACUAGACCCCUCAAUGAUAAAAAUCUAGCCCAGCCCUUCACAUUCACUCAGGCAAUCUUGACAGAAACGAAACUGAAGAACGCCACUCACAUCGGUUGGCAGCCAUAUCUUGUAAUGUCUCCAACCAGGCACAGCGACCCGGCUGAUGGCACCACGCGACGGCCGAUGUGGCAUGAGUUUAUUUGUUUAUGUGCAAUUCAUGGUUGUACGUGGGCUGGGAUACUACCAGGGCGCCCACACCUAGACAGGAGGACGAUUAGGGUCCUCAACCAAAGCCUUUGGCUCAAAAGCCUAACCGCCAGGCAGCGGUGUUUGGCGGGAAAUGCAAAUGCAUUACCAUUUCUAUGGAACAAGUCGCCACAUGUUCCAUCCCCCAACCUGGAGGGCCAGGAGACUGUGUUCGUCAGACCUCUAACCAUUGACCAACCUGGUAUGAGAGACUCUGUGAGUGUCUCACGAUACUCUCCAGUAUAG